GAUUUAUUAAAAACAAUUUUUAGAAUAAAGUUUAUAGUAUUUUGGACAUCGAAUUUGGAUACUCAAUUAUUCAGUGAUAUCCAAGCAGCAAUAAGGAUGACAUACAAACAAACCCAAGAAAUGAGUCUCUAUCAGUAAAAAUGUCGCCAAUAAUGGUUUUAUUGACGUUAUCUUGCAAUAGGAUUGACAAUUUUUUUAUUCAAUGACGAUGUAUUCCGAGACCAACCAGAUAUUCGUUAGUGCCUUUUUGGACAAGAGUUCCAAAAAAGGUCAACUUUGAAUUGAUUGACAUCAAACCAUUGAUAGAGGGCUGAGGGCCAUAGUAUAACAGAUACCAUAGCGGAACAGGAUGGUUAUAUUAUCUGUUGUCAAUGUUUUUGUGUGCGUUCAUGGUGACUUUCAAAGAUAAGCAUUUGGAAAUAUAUUGCUCUUUUAUAGUCAAAGGUUGUCUCUUUCGCUUUUAUAUCACGUUUUAUGAUACGUACUAUGACCCAUGUUCAAAACAAUAAUUUAUGAAAAGAAAAAGAUGUAACGUGUAUUGAUUGCGGUAAAGGAGGUCAUUACACCAAACAAUACUAUAAAUGUGAAUUGUAUGAGCCAGAAACUGCAGAUCAAGGUAGAAAACGCAAACAGAA